GGGCUGGACGGAUGUGUGCGGGAACGAGGCGAUUUUGUCCCUCAAACUUUUGAAUGCAACACACGCGAUGGUAUAAUUCUAUGAAAAAAAUAAAAGGUUCAGUGUUUCUGGAUUAAAAAGUAUUAUAUAAUAACAAGUGUUGUGGUUGACUUGUGUUUUGUUUAAAUAAAUGAAACAGUGAUGAAAGAAAUAUACUUGUUUAAUGAUGUGUCCCGGAACAACGUUUCGGGGUGUCCCGGUUUAGCGAGCCUGCUGAGCGGGUAGGAUGCGGCGGCAUGCACCGCAUCGUGCUGCUAAUGGCGGUGCUCACGAGGGCCAUCGCUCCCUUGGCUAACGUCACAGGUCCACCGGCCACGGAACCGAGUAAUCCGCUAGCUUCCACCAUGAUGACGCCGCCACCAACAGUCUUCCGAAACCCCAGGGUCACCAGCAAGCCAAGGAAGAUGAAGCAAGGGAAAGUAGACUCGCCCAUGCUGAACUAUAUAUUCGACGCGUAUGCUACAAGCAAUAAGCAUUUUCAUGACAAAUUUCGUCCACCAUCAUUUGAAGAGAAAGCUUCAGAAGAUACAAUAAUAGACGCAGACACAGGUUCAACCGUUAUAUUCGACUGUAAAGUGACUGCACUAAGGGAUAAAACAGUGUCUUGGAUAAGAGUAUCAGAAGAUGAAAAUCUGGAACUUCUAACAGUAGAUCUGGACACGCACACAUCUGAUUUUAGGUACAGGGUAGAUUUAGCUGGUGAAAAUUGGAAGUUGGCUUUAGCAGACGCGAAGGUCCAAGAUUCUGGUGUUUAUUGUUGCCACGUUUCAACUCAUCCUCCGAUGUUGAGGCGAUACCAGCUGACUGUUCAUCCGCCUUCAAUAAAGAUGAGCAAAGAGGCAUUUCUGGAGACAGGAGAGACUCUGUCCCUCAAAUGUGCUAUCCUCCAUCUUCAUCCUGGUGAUGCAGUUCCAGAGAUGCACUGGUAUCGAGGCAACAACACCGUCUCCCUGGAUGAGAUCCGAGGAGGAGUGCUUAUAGAAACUGAUCAAUUGACUUUGACCAGUCAUUUGCAGGUGGCCCGUCUGAAGGUGGAAGAUGCCGGCAACUACACCUGCUCCUUGGAAUCACCUGUUCAAAUGAAGGCGACUACAAGAGUCCAUGUGUUACAAGGAUCAAGUCUCGCAGAGCUACAAAGCGGUGUAAAAACAACAACAAGUUAUUUGAGUCUGCUACUAGCGUCCCUGUUGGUAGCUCUCAGCACACGAUAUGAAGACAUAAGGUGACCUAAUUAGACGACAUAGGGAAAUCGAUUUGAAAGGUCUGGAUAGCAAGAAUUGGUGUUUAAAUACGGGGUCUAUUUGUGGUCCUUUGGGUCGCGGUCCUAAUUGUGUCCUCAAAGAACCUUUCUAUAAUUAUUUCUGUGGCUUAUUCGAUGGAAGAACUCUAUCGGACAAUAGAAAAGGAUUGCUUACAACUGCAUCUAAUAAGGAACAAGGAAAAAUAGUGCGCUCAACUAACGAGAAACUGCACUUUACGGAUUUCUUAUCCUUGGCAAUUUCGAACAAAGUCCCUUGUCAGCACCAGUCUCGAGAUUUUACUGAAUUCUUUUAUUAUUUCUGUCCGACAUCGAUGUCCGAUUUGUAUUAAAAAUUUAACAACCGUAGUCUCGCUUCUCAUAUCAAUAUUUAAUCAGUUUGAAAUACACAGACACGCAAUGUGUGACAGAAAAUUUACUUAAGUCACUUUGAAACUACUGAAAAACUGUGUUCAAGUUUAUGAGCUAUCUCAAAGCUAAAUUGUAAUGCAAUGUUCGUUUUAGCAUCGCAGCAAACAUGACAAAAAUGUCACAAACAUUAUAAAAGAGGGUAAUGGCACCUAAUGCUUCAUACAGGGAUGAAUUUUCGUAAUACAGAGUAUUUACCUCGGGCAAAAAGCUGGCAUUUUUUCCGUUUUAUUAUGAAACACGUUAGGUAGUCUAACGAGAUACGCCGUGGGCCGGCUUGGGACCAAAAGAACGUCCUGCCCCAUUAACGCCCUCGUUCCGGUCGGCAACCGCCUUUUGUCUGGAACACUCUUAAAUAUUCACUGGAGUUCAAUAUCGAUCACUAUAUUUUAUAUACCUUUGGCUAUCGUUAUGUAACGGUGUUUCAGGAUCUCUUUUGAAAUUGUCGGUACCUAUGUUUGUUGAAAAAUUUUGUUAUUUAUAAGAGAAAUAUUGUUUCUUGCAUUUUAUCUGUACUUCGGUAUAGGCCUUCGACCACGGUCUUCCCACAUGAGUUUUGGUUAUGUCUUCUCAAUGCGAUGGAAUACUUAGUAAUGAUAAUUGAUGGACUAGAAAACUCAAAGGGAGAGAAUAUAAAGCCUAGAAAUAUCAUUGAUAACCUUGAUUUACUUUAAUACCAAGCCCGUUAAAAAGGGUAAUUUGAAUCAACAUCCACAAAUAAAUAUACACAUAACAUUCUAUUUAAAAGCCCAAAUAGGUAAAUGGUUGUCUUAUUAAGUUCGCCCAUCGAAUACCUUUUCCAAACGCCCCACGAAUUCGUUUUAACCUUAGACCCCCAAAGUUUAAUCAACAUGAAUUGUUACUGUUAUGUAUUAUACUAAAAAUUAAUUCUUGCUCAUCCAGAACUGGUGUGAGAUCCUUAAAUGAAGUUUGAACCGUCCAAGGAUCUUUGGGUAAAAGGACCAUUAGUGAGAGUGUAUAUACAUUGUACAAAAUUAUAUAAAAUAAAUAUACAGUUAUAAUAUAUAACUUGUAGAAUAUAUAUAAUAUACAUAUAUAUAAAUAGGCAGUCGGUUUCCAAGGAUUGAACCGAAUUGAAGCAGAAAUUAUUUCACUUUGACUUUUAAUAAGUUGAUGGUUCCAAGAAAAUUCAAUUUCAUACUUGAAUUACUUCAAUGUUUUCAUUAAUAUUUAUGAAUUUGUUAUACAAGUUUUAGUUAGCUAUGGCCUAAAAGAUCAAAUAAUUUUACACAGCACAAUAUGAUGGAACUGCUGCUAUUCAAAUUGUUCUGCUAACUUUAUUAUUAUUUCUUGUGAAAUAAGGUUUUUUGGAAUUUAGUUAUUAUUAUAUUUAACAAUUAAGUAAAACUUUAUCAAUAAUUGUAUUUGGGAUAUUACUUUUUGUUAUGUACCAUGAAAUUUAUAUUGUUUUUGUCCCACAGUAAAACGGUUUUGUCUCAGUAAUAAAAUUAGUUUUAGAAAGAAAUAAAAUGUUUAAUGCAAAAAAUAUCCGAUGAACCAUUGGAAAAACAAAACUAACUUCGGAAGCCCAUACGAACUCAUAGUAGGUACAAUAUCAAAACAUCACGGCUCAUAGUGACUAAUAAGAUACAUCUUGUAUCUCAUGUAUGUAAUUCAAUGAAUAUAUAGGGUGACUGGUAAUCAGUGACCUGUACUAGUAGGUAUUUUGGAAUAGUACGCACGUGCUAAUGAAAUUUUGUUAUUUUGUUAUAGUGAUAAAAAUAAAACUAAUGAGUAUACAAAAAAUAUUUCUUUGGGAAAGUUGAUUUUAUUAAUGAGUACAAUCAUAUGUUUAAAUAUCAUACACUAAUUACCAGUCACCUUAUAUAUUUAUUUUGUAAACUAAAACAAUACAUCGUUAGUUAUUUUUUGUCUUUAGUUUAUACAUCGAAAGUACUCCUUAUGGCAAGUUAUUUUACCGUGAGAGGAAAACGACAUAAAUGUCACGGUGCAUAUACAUAUAAUAUUUAUACUAUUCUAUGAUCUUUUGGACACUGUCUGUCUUCCUAAUCACUUCUCUAGAUGAUUACAUAUCACGAACUAUCUCUUCAUAUCACUUAAAAGCACUAUCACUUUUCUAAAAUUAUUUACUUUAUUCACAAAAUAUCAAAAUAGUCCUAUCUUUAAGAUCUGUACAUUUAUUUUAGGUAAUAAAGUAAUCAUAUUGAUAUCUUGUUGUGAAAUAUCAUUUACAAUUUUAUGGUUUAUUUCAAAUCUGAAAAUAUCAGGUUAUACUGUCAUAUUUAUUUACGAGUACAGUACUCGUAUAAUACAUUUUUUAAUAUUUAAUUCUCUUACUUGUAUAAUACAUUUUCUAAUAUUUAAAGAUAAAAGAAACACAUUUAAAAAUAUAAAAACAGUAGCCCACCAGUAACCGGAAUAAUCCUAGCUACUGGAAAUCAGGGCUCAAAAGAGAAGAAUUUCCGAACAAUUUAUUCUGCAUCAGGCCCUUGACCCAACCAUCUAACGUUAGCCUACUAAAGUGUUGGUUAAGGCUUUGGUUAUAAGGCCAUUGGCAGAUACGAUACUAUUGGCACAAUGAUUACUGAAUCUACAUAUCAGGUUUAUUAUUGUAUAGAUUUAUUUCAUUGAAAUUGAUAUCAUUCAAAUUCAUUGAUUUGUUUUGGAAUAAUACAUAUCAGUGUUAUUUUAUAGUAACAAACUUAUAUUAGUAGAAUUGAAUUUGAAAUUAGUACAUUUUAUAGCAGAACGAAUAAGUGACAUAUUUGUAAACGAACCUUAAAAAAAGGAAAGUAUGUAAUUGUAUUUCAAGUCUAGUUAGUUUUCGCUUACACAAUCAUCCAUUAAAGAUCUUCUAAUGACAAAAAAUAAAACAAUUUUCAUUUCACAAAUCUUUAGAUUCCAAUUCUCGUGACAGAUUCGUGACACUAUUCUUAACGAGCAAAAUUAUUUACUUCGUCACAAAACAUCUUAAUCAUUAUAAAACUUGCUAUCAAUGAAAAAAAAAACAAGAAUAAAGUAGAACGCGUUUGUUGUUUGACAGUCAUUAUUCUUUGAAGUAGUGUAAUUUGUUUUAUUCUAAGAAAUUGGUACAACUUCUAACUUACUAAUACAACUUUGUAGAAGUACUUUUGUAUCUGUCUGUUUCUAAGCGCCUGUUUCACAGUAUCUGGAUUGCUACUGUUGGGUAUACCUAUAUAUUAACUGAUGUUACUAAAUAUCCAAGUUUUAUCAAUAGUACCUAUGUGUGUAAUGUUAUGUGUGCAUAUUAGAUUCACACCAAGUAGAUGUCAAUCAGAUAGUUUAUGUUGUGUGUUUAUUUUUCUGUGAAUUACAAUAUGUUUAUCGUAAUAAGGGUUACAGUCAGAAAUUCUAUAGUCAAAGACUAUACUUCACAAUACAAUAGCCAGAACGCAACUCUCUUUGUCACUCACCGUUCAUAUCUCAGCUUAUUCAGUUAAACAUGACCAACACAACUACUUUGUACCAAAUUUUGAAUAUAUUUUGUAUAAACUAUCAAUUUAUACAGUAGGGAGAAAACACAUAUAGCUUAAUUUUAACCACAUAUAAUUGUAUUCAUUUUGACUGACAAUAUACGAAACGUGAACGAAAUAAGCCCAUUGUAUUUUUCUCUUUGAGCUAAUUUAAACACUCUUUGCAAAUACGGCAUUGCAACAGCCAGGCCAUAUGUCUUCAAUUCUUCGACAAUCUACAAUAUUACAGCUCUUCUGUGGUCAAGGUAAAUGGAGCUGUUCACUCAGAAUUUAAUACUUUAUUUAAUUAAUUAUUUAUUUUAUUGCAGAGUUUUCGUAGAAUUAACUUUUGUUAUACUUCAGUAGACGAGUACUACUUGUAGUUUCAAUUAAGUCAUAAUAUAUAUGAGUGAUUUCCAUACUGUAUUAUUUUGUGAAAGAGGGCUCUAUAAUUAUGUCAAAUUUUGUCGCUAAUGAGUUGGUUAUACCAAAAUGAUCAGAAUAACGUGCUUCAUCAGUCAAACUCUUUAUUUUGAAGCGCCGGAGUGCAUUUUGCGUCCCCUGUAAAGUUGGAUUUUUUAAUAUAGAUUAUAUUUCAUUAGGGCAAAAAAUAUUAUACGCUAGUGACGGACAGUGAGACAGGCGCUAAGUCUCAUGUAAUCGCACGAUCUUGUAAAUAUAGCUAUAAUUACUUCGCUAAGUGCACAACAAUCUAUAAUCUUUUUUAUUUAUACUUUUAUAAAAAAUAAAUAAUAUUAAUUUAUGUUGAAUUUAUAGGUAUGUCAUUAAACUCAUUGCAUAUCAAACUAACUUAUACUUCUCACGAUAUUAUUAUGUAUGUACCUAUCUUAGAAUAGAAUCUAGAUAAAAAUGAUGUAAGUAAUAAAAUAAUAAGAGGAUGUUAUUAAUAAAAACAAUAAUUACACGAGAUUAUAUUGUUUAAUUUAUUAAAUAAAAACAGUGGAAUUAAUGUUUACAUUGUUUAGUCGGUUAAACAAAAUAUCAUUAAUUAGUAUAAUAAUAA